AUGUCCAAAAUCCAACAUCUCCCGUUCUUCAAAUGGCCGUUGAAAAUAGUAGGCCCUCCUAACACACGAAGGCGGGAUAAACGCUGCUUGUAUCACAAAGAUCAUGGCCACGAAACUAAAAGUUGCUACGCAUUAAAGGAUCACCUGGAGAAACUGGUGCAAGAUGGUUGGCUUCAACAGUACGUAAGAAAAGUUAACCCAACCAAGGCACUAGCCUUAAGACAAGAUUCACCUCCACUUGGCGUGAUCCAUAUGAUAUAUAGCCUGCCAGCACCUCUAACCGUGCACACAAAUCAAUCGCAUCCAGUCCCUCGAGAGCAACAUACUCCAACCAAACGGCCCAAAAAAGCUCCGAGUAUUGCCUUCAACGAUUCUGAUCAUGUCAGCAUGACAAUCUCCCACAUUGAUCUGUUGAUCAUCAGAUUACGCGUAAACCAGUUUACCGUCAAACGUAUUCUCGUAGAUCCAGGGAGUACGUCGGAGGUUAUGUAUUAUGAGACCCUCAUCAAACUCGACUUCAACAAGUCAGAUCUGUCUCUGGCGCCUUAUCCGUUAUUUGGCUUCAACACGAAUCCAGAGUACCCGUUGGGGAAGAUCACAUUACCCGUUCAAUCAGGCUCCAGAACAGUCAAGGUUGAAUUCUUGGUCGUAAAGCUUCCAUCGCCGUAUAAUGUCAUCAUGGGCCGAACCUGGUUGCAUAUCAUGCAGGUCGUGCCGAGCACCUAUCAUCAGCUUAUGCGCUUCCCGACAGCCCAUGGCGUUGAAGAGAUCCAUAGCUGCCGGCAGUCAGCAUGA